GAGGAUGAUGAUCUAGCAUUAAAAGCUGCGUUGGACGCCAUUGGUGCUCGACCUCUGUUUUCCGAAGAGGACUAUCCACUGCUCAGUGAAGCAGCUCGGAGGCAAAAGGGCGAGCUUGCUAUAGCGCUGUUGACAAGGCACCGAGAUUCCACUGAAAAAUUAGGUCUGAUCUUGGACAAACUGCUUGAUCCCUCUAUCCAUAGGAUGUACACAUGGCAUCAAUCCAACGCCGCAUACUUUCUUGAUCGAGAUCCCGUUUACCUGAAGUAUGGACAACGUGGUCAGCGACCUGUAUUCCCGAUACCUGCGCAAGUACCUAAGAUUCAAAGGUCACUGUCAAUGCAGUCUACGGACUCAAAAAGCGGUGCUAUCGACGAAGAAGUCGAGUUUCUCUCGGAACAACUACAGUCUGUUGAAACAAGUUCGAGACGUUCCUCUGAUGAAGGCAAUGAUAGCAUAAGGAGCACUCCAACUACUGCAUCCAUUGUUACGGAAUCCAGCGAACCGUUGCCAAGGCCAGUGCCGAAGAAAGUCAAGCGACGUUGCUUGCCCAUCAUCUGCACCACAGAAGCACAUGCUCAUUAUAUGCAUGAACUUGCAAAGCGUGUGCUUACAGAAGCAGGUGGUAACCAGAGUUCUGUGGUAUUCGCACCAAUAGGGCAGAAUCCGCUAGCUUCGAACAGAAAGUUGCACAUGUGUGCUUUCCUUAUUGGAAUGUAUGCUAUUGGUCUUCAUAAUCAAGUGUGCUCCAGUUGGAAAUCAAGGACAUAUAGCACUCACGUUUCAUGGAUCAAUCUUCAAGCUGCUGAACUAGGCAAGUCUUCAGUUUGAGU